CCGCUGCUCAUUAAGGGUGAUUCUCUUUGAAUUUGGCUCCCGCCGCAGAGAUCAUGCGCAGUGUGCAGCGUGCCGCCUUCAGUCAGUGGAGCAGCUGUCCAGGGUUUGGAAUUCCAACAUGGCAGAGGCUGUGGUCAGUCCUCCCCUCACUAACUUGGAAUGGUUUCAAAUCGCGAGCAGCCGCGCUUAACCCCAGCGAGCUAUUCAUCUGCGCACUCACCGGAUCGAUGGUACUAUAAACCCUGAAGCUGCACUGUCACCUACACAGGCUUGAAGACAUGAUCACUAGCACCAGUAUUUAUGGUCUAAAGAUGCAGUGGACCCCAGAGCACACACAAUGGGCGGAACAACACUUUGACAUCUCAUCCACUACCCGCUCACCAGCACACAAAGUAGAGGCCUACCGGGGGCACUUACAGCGAACGUACCAGUAUGCGUGGGCAAAUGAUGACAUCUCUGCACUGACUGCCUCCAAUCUGCUUAAGAAAUAUGCAGAGAAGUACUCUGGGAUCCUAGAGGGCCCAAAUGAAAGAGCCCUUCUGUGUUCCUACUCUGAUAGCACCACUGGACUCGUGAAUGGACGAAAGUCAGAGAAUGAGUCCUGGCAGGAGGGGAUUUACCCAAUGAACUGUGCUCCAGAUGUUAUAUCUGUGAGCAAAGCUGGAAUGACAGCUGCCCUACCCCCUACAGAUGUGUCGGCUAGCAUAGGCAGCUCCCCAGGGGUGACCAGCAGCUUGUCUGAGCCAAGCUACUCUAGCAGUAACUGUGGGAGCCACACAGCCACUACUCUCCACUCGGGCCUCCCCUCUCAGGAAUAUACUGCCAGCUACAACGGCUCCUACCUGCAUUCUAGCUACAGUGGCCAGACUACCCCAGCCCUCCCCUCCCCACACCCCUCUCCUUUGCACAGUGCCGGGCUCUUACAACCACCACCCCCUCCUCCUCCCCCUACCUUGGUGCCGAGCUACAAUGCCGGGUCUCCAAACCUUCCCAACUACAAUUAUCCUCCAACAGGGUAUCCUUCUCAGACUGCUGUCGGCCCUGGUUAUAGCCCUGGGGGAGCACCCCCUCCUUCUGCUUAUCUGCCGUCCGGUAUUGCUGCUCCUACACCAAUCCCUCCCUCCACACUGCCUGGCUACACCUACCAGUCCCAUAAUCAUACACCAAUUGCACCAACACCUUUAAAUGGCAGCACAUCCAACUCAUUAAAACGAAAAGCUUUCUACAUGAGUGGACAUGGAGAUAUGGACUCAAGCUAUGGUAAUUUCAAUUACAACCAACAGCGCUCUUCACAGAGUCCCAUGUACAGAAUAGCAGACAGCGGUGUCUCGGACUCAAACAGGGGCAAUGGCUUUGACAGAAAUGCUGAGGCUCCGUCUUUAGCGUUUAAGCCAACCAAACAGCCAAUGUCUUCUGAUCAGCAAAGAAAAUUUAACAUACACUCUGGCAGAGCACUUACGCCUCCAUCCUUUGGAUCAACCAAAAGCUCUGUGGGCGAUCUCAGAGCUGGCGAGCCCUACAGCAAGUUUGGAUCCCCCAUCAUGAACGAGCAAACUGAAGAGCACAGACAGCACCUCUCUCACUCCCUAACAGGGCCUGAUAUUGGUACGGCUACCUCGUCCAUCCAUGCUGCAGAGGAACAACUUAAGAACAGUGAUUCCAACCUGGUGGAGAUGGUGACAGCAGAAAUCCUUCAGCAGGGCCCUCCAGUAGACUGGAGUGAUAUUGCGGGUCUUGAUAUGGCCAAAGCAGCCAUCAAAGAGGAGAUACUAUGGCCCAUUUUAAGGCCAGAUAUGUUCAGUGGACUUCCCACAUUACCUCGCAACCUCCUUUUAUUUGGACCUCAGGGAACUGGUAGAACGCUGUUGGCUCGCUGCAUGGCUAGCCAACUGGGGGCUGCCUUCUUGCGACUCAGCGCCUCAGCUCUGGUGACCAAGUGGCUGGGGGAAGGGGACAAGAUCAUCCAGGCUUCUUUCCUGGUGGCCCGGUGUCGCCAACCAGCAGUGGUGUUCAUCAGCGAGGUGGACCUGCUGCUGUCAGCCCAGCUCAGUGAGGAGAGCCCAGUGAAUCGCCUCAAGGCUGAACUCCUCAUGCAGCUUGACAGUAUUUUGACCUCUGCUGAGGACCAUGUCCUCGUGGUCUGCUCCACCAAUAAGCCUGAAGAGAUCCCAGAGUCCCUACGGAGGUACUUUACCAAGCGACUACUCAUCCCCUUGCCUGAUGGGACAGCACGACACCAGAUAAUCAGCCAACUGCUCUCACAGCACAACUACUGUCUUAGUGACAAAGAGAUGUCACUACUGGUUCAGAGGACAGAGGGCUUUUCAGGGCUGGACGUGGCCCAGCUUUGUCAAGAGGCUGUGGUAGGUCCUCUCCAUGACAUUCCUGGUACUGACCUAUCAAGCAUCCACCCUAGUCAGAUGAGACCGAUCUCCUACCAAGACUUUGACAAUGUGUUUUGCAAAUUUCAGCCCAGCAUAUCACAAAAAGAACUUGACAUGUAUACUGAAUGGAAUAAAAUGUUUGGUUGUAGUCAGUGAAAGAGACCCAUCAAACACAAUUUCUUUAACCCCAGUAACUGAGUAAGUAAGUGUUUGGGCUUCAGUAAACAUACACUGGGCUAGAAAAAUAACACAGUGGUGACACAAACACCCUAUUUACAGCAAAGGGAUUGUCGUUGAAGGCUUUACACAGAAGACGACAGUCUGGACAUCACACAUUGGUAAAAAUUAAUUAAAUGCUUUACAUGGCCAAAGCCAUGUGCCCACUAAAACUCAAACAACUUGUAAAAGACAACCCCUCCUUUUUGUAUAUACACACACACAUAUAUAUAUAUAUACAGUAUAUAUAUAUAUAUAUACUAGUCUGCUGAUCUUGAGAUUUAGUUGCUAUCAAGUGCCUGAGGUGGUGCUGUUUAAGUUUUGUUUUUUGCCUCACAAUCUUCAUUGGUGACAUGUGCUAAUAUAAAAAAGCUUUAAAAUGGGACAAAAAACAUGCUUUCUCUUCUCCAUUAGAACAGUGUUCUACAGCUGUGUCUAUUUCGAGCUCUCUGUGAACAGUUGUGAUUAUUUUAAGCUAAAUUAAAUAUAUUGGCAUAUUUUCAGUUGGGACUCAUUUUCAAGUUUUAUGUAUAUGUAUGUGUUUAAAUCAUUUAGUUACAAUAACAUUCACAUUUUCUCUCUCUUUUUUUUCCAGAACAAUGCUAGUGAUUUGUUUUCUAGCAAACAUAAGGUGAAUUUGGUUGCUGUACUAGCCUCUCCACUAUUGAAGAAAUUACAAAAAGAGUAUUAUUUUACAAUGUGACUUCAAUUUAAACAACAAAUUACUAUGUAAUUGCUGUUAAAAUAUUGUUGCAGUAGUAAUUCACAUGUUUCAUAAAUGUAAACUUCUACCAUUAUUUCAUUUGAUGUUCUCUAUUUGAAAACUCAGGAAAGUGAUAAUGAUAUGUAUAGUACCUCAUAAGCUUGUGUCGAAGCACUACACAUUACAAGAGCAUUUGACUUGCAUUUGAAAUUGCGUCAUCAAACCAUGUAAGGCUAUAAUACCUCAAGAAUCUCAAAAUGAAAGGAAGGUUCCUACAAUGAAUGUAUGAGAGUAAUUCUGGUUUAUUUGCAAGACAAAAAAGUAAUUUGUUUGGGGUUCUUUAUGUUUGGAUUUGUUUAAAAUGGAAACUUGUAUUAUGAUUAGAGAUUUGCCUUUGAAAAAAUGGAACCAUUAUAUAUCUUGUAUUGUAGCCUUGAGCUAAUUUCUGUUUGCAACAUAGUUUAUUUUCUGUGGGCUAUCACACAGAAAACUUUCAUUUCCAUCAUACACAAUGAUCCUGUUCUUUAGUUCCCUGUUUGUAGACACAACUGUUCAGCUUGUGGUGAUGCAGAGCUGAGAGAAAUUCGAAAGGUGCAGACAAACAUCUUGGGGUUGAGGAAGACAACUGCCCCAAGCUAUUUCAUUCCAUCCUGCUGCUGUUUUAUCAUUAAUGAAACCUAAGGAUUAUGUAUAGCCUAAGUUCCUUUCUACCUCAGUUUGUUAGUUAUCUCUGAAAGACAUUCAUGAAGACAGCAAAAUGUCAGCACCUAUCCUGCUCGUUUGAUGAGGAAACCUUUUGAGAGAACACCAAACAGUAUUUUGUUGUGUGCAAAAUCUAUUAGCUUUACAUUUUGAUAACUCCCAAGAACCCUGUUUCUCACCACAUAAUGCUCUUAAAGGGGAAUACCACUGAAUAUUAGGUUUGUGAUACACUAUGCAUUUGCCUUAGGACAAUUUUGUCUGUAUUAGCUAACAUUCGCCAGUGGAUCUUGUUUGUAUUGCUUGUUUGGCCCCCGAAUCUAGGAUGUCAAACAGAUUUAUAGUUCCAUGAUGGAAAAUCUAAAUGUGACAGUAUUCACAAUGAUAUUAUGUACACAACCAAUUUAAUUAUUCUAAUAUAAAACUUACAGAAGAAUUAUUUUGACAGUCUUUGGCCAUAACUGUAUCAUUCAUGAAUUGAGUGGCAUUCCUUUUUAAGAACAUGUCUUGAAGGCCAAUCUCACUAGAUCUGUAAACAAAACAGUAACAGUUCUCAUUGUCACUUUUAAACUUUAACAGUGUUAUUUAAUGCUAUCUUUUGCUAUUAUUAAGUACAUAUUCCGCGCAACGUUUCUGGAAAUGAAAGAGCAGGUCUGACAGCUGAAUUGGCACGUAAAAUUGUUGAAUGUAUUAUGUCCUCUGAGCAGUAAGGAAAGCAAAGCACUCGCACAUUCAAAAAUGCCACUCAAGUAGUUAGCACUGUAGGUGUAUAAUACUGCAGAGGCACUACAGGACCUUGUGUUUGUUUUCAGAGGAGGUCCCUUCAUGUUUGUUGCCUAUUGCACAUGUUUUACCUGUUCAUAUUUGUAAUAGACGGUGGGCAUACUGAUUACUGCUACCUGGUUUGGCGUCAUUAACUCUUUAUCGGGAUGUAUACAGAGCAUCCAAACAGAGAAACUGCACAACAGCAAAGGAAGCUAGCAAGCUUGCCAACAAUUAUCUCUUCUUGUAGUCUCACUGUGUCUGUGCUACGUAUCUACAGAUGUAUCCCCUAGUCAUAAGAUGGGUUGACAGCAUUUUCACUGAAUGCACACAACAGUACAGUAUUUGGUUAAUCUGUAAACCCACUGUGGUAAAUUCAAAACAUGCACUAUAAGAAAGUUAUGUUGACCUGCAUUUAAAUGAAUAGACAAGAGUGUAGAGUAUAAAUUUCCAUUCAUGUGUACAUUAGUAUUGUUAUUCUUAAAUUAGCUGUAUUACAUGUGUGGGUCCUUUGAUUUUAACUUCAGAAUACUUUUCACAAUUGACUGAGUCACCUCUUUUCUAUACGUGGAUUGCCCUGACAUUGAACAGUGCCAAUUUAACAACAAAAAGCAGUUUGAUAAAAGCAAAACAAAAUAUUGCUUUUUAAAAAAAUAUUACAUGUCCAUUUUAACAGCAGGACUAACUGUAUAUUUACAAAAAUGGCCGAUGGGAACUGGUCCCAGGAUGCCAUUGGGCACUGGCCUAGGAAAACUCAUGCAACCUCCCAUCUACCUAAUUUUGUUUGUUUUUUUCAUGUAUUUAUGUUUUUUUCUCUCAACAGACUCAAUAAUUUUGAACAACUUUUUUUUGUCUCUCUUAACUUUAAUUUCUAAGACUUAACUGUAUACAUAAACCAAGUCCAUAGGGUCCACAACCAAUCUGGAAUCUUGCAGAAUACAGAAAAUUACACAGAAAAUUAAACCAAUUUCCCCUUUAUUUGGAGAGAUUUGUGAAAUAAGCAGAAAGCUAAAACAUUGUAGAGCUCCCCUUAAAUAUUGUCAUUUAAUAUUGCACUUUGAGGUGUUUAAUGACUGAAGCCAAAGUUAAAUAGCUUUCUUUUGACGAUGAUGAAGAUGCUUUUGAAGGAGUUGUGAAUUUCAGUGCCCUUAAUGCCACAAUAUAAGUUGUGGAUAUUGGAAAUUGGCAAUUUUAUAGCACUCUCAUUGGGCAUUGUUUAGUUAUUGUAUCACAGAAUGUCAGCGAUGUCAGACAUUUGAAGAGAUAUGUGAAUUUUGUAAAACAUUUGUAGUUUUUCAGUUUUACACCAGUUUAUGAGCGGUCACUCACCUCUGAUUGGAGUACCAAUACAAACAUGGCUAAUUUGUAUACAGUAUCUUCAAAAAAAUGUCACAUAACAUGCAGUGGAUUGUCACACUGGUUAAAAAUUGUUUCCGUGUCCAAAUUUUAAGAAGCAAUUUUGCUCAUUGCAAGGUUUGUGACAAGAGGAUAAUAAGAGGCCCUAAGUGCCAUUAACAAGCACAGAUUCCACGUUAAGAGGUUGACUGUUCAUGAACUUGUGGAGAGAUGUAUGUUUAAAAGUAUGUUCAAGUAGUACUUGUAAUCACUCAAUGGUUUGAGAUUAGGUUUGAAAACAACAUGUUAAAAAUUUCCUUUGUUUUAUUUGUCUCCCAAACAGUGUAAUACAGCACAGUGUAACACAAGGCACAUGGAUAAGGAAUUACAUGGUUUUAAUUGUCGUUACAGCUACACAGUAAAAAUGUUACAGCUAUCUCAUCCGAGGUCAGUUAGAUCAACCACAUAUUUAUUCAAAUAGGGUGUAUAGUUCACAUGCUGUAUAUGUUAUCAUUAAAAUCAUUCAUUAUUAAGGGUGAUGUGAUGAAAGGGCCUAUGGUCACCAACAAUACUUGAGCAGAAUCUUUGAUAAGCACAUUGAGUUUCACAGUGAUGCCAACUCAGUCACCUGAAUCGCUUUUUCAAAAUCUGUCAGUAUCCCUGUAGUUACUUUUAGUUUAUUUUGUUGAGAACUGCUUGAUAUUUUGAUUCCAUCCUUAUCUCAUUUAAUAGUCUGGUAUUCUUUAUAACCAUUUCUACCUCAUUGCUACAUAUUGUACAUGUAGUACUUAUGUCCUGUCAUUUUGAAUGUCAUGCAUUUGUGGGGAAAAAAAAGUUAAAAACAACAAAAAAAAAAAAAAAAAAAAAAAAGAAAAGCUUGCCCUUGAAUCUGAGCAGUCUACCUCAAAAAGACUGUCUUUACACUGUCAAGUACAAGUCACAGAAAAAAUAAGGCACCUUGAGGGCAAAGUUGACUCGCACAUACUGACUAUUGCGUACAGUUUAUUUACAAUAUCAUGUUCCACUGAAUUGUUGUGGACCGUGUAGGUCUUCUACAAGGUCUACAAUGCAAAUUAAUUUCCUAAAAAGUAACAAAUUGCUUUAAUCCUUUGUGAAUUGUAGUGCGCAUGUUAAUGUGUAUGUACAGUAUGUGCACUUGCAAUUCUACUUGCAAGUAUGAGGGGAUAACAUUAAGAUAUGAAACAUUUGAAUUUUUACUUUUCAUAUACAUGUACAGAGAAUUAACUUGCACAUAGCUGUACGUAUUGUACAUUUGCUAAUGAUAUACAGCAUACAUACAAAAAUGCACCACAUACAUGUUUAUAUGUGUGUAUGUAUCGCCAUACUUACAGUACAGUGAAUUUCAAUGUAUUUUAAUUUCAAGGUACAUAAAGGCUAUUGAAAUACUGAAUAAAGAUGUUUUCUUUUUUUUUCUUCCUGAAAACUGGAUGCAUUUUUGUACCCUUGAUUAAAUUUGCAACGUUGUGGUUGAUUUAAGCCUGUGCUAUUUCCGUUCCAAGCAAUAUCUUGUUGAAGACAGUGUUCAGUCUAUUCCAACUUUAAUCAUAAUUUCUCUAUUUCACUGGUGUUUAAUGAAAAUAUAUUGAAAGUAAUUCAGUUUGCAACAGUUUACAGAGGCUGAUUUUGAGGCUUACUUUUUAUUGUACUCCUCUCCUCUAUAUACUACUCCCACUUCUACACCUCUCUUGAUCCAUAGUAAUAUAUAUAAAUCCAUGCUGGCUGCUUUUUUUCUAUUAGAAAAUGAAACAGCUAUGCUUAAAA